AUGAGCACCAGCUAUAGCUUCAAGCAGAGAACAAGCUGUUCUAGCAGUGGUGGUGGUGGAGGUGGUGGUGGUGGCAAGAACAGUGGUGGGAGAACUUCUGGUGGUAGUGGUGGUGGAGGAGGGUCCUCUUCGGUCUCCUCUAAAAGAUGUACCUCCUCUGUGAGCAGCAACCAAGGGGUUUCUGGUGGAAGUUAUGGCGGAGGAAUAUCCAGAUGUAAUGCUGGAGGGGGAAUAUGCCACAGCAUAUCUGGAGGAUUUAGUAGUGGUAGUUUUGGUGGUGGCUUUGGUGGAGGUGGCUUUGGCGGAAGUGGCUUUGGUGGGGAAGAUGCUGGAUUGCUCUCCGGCAAUGAGAAGUCUACUAUGCAGAACCUCAAUGACCGCUUGGCCCGUUAUAUGGACAAGGUGCGAGACUUGGAAGCAGAAAACAAUCAGUUCGAGCACUUAAUCAGAGAGUGGUACCAGAAGCAUGGUCAGAGUACUUCAGCAAAGGACUACAGCUGUUAUUACAGUGAGAUUGACAAGCUCGUUGAGGAGCUGAUUUCUGAAGCAGGGGAGACGAACAAGGUCAUGUUGGACAUCGAUAACACAAAGAUGGCAAUUGAUGACUUCAAGAUGAAAUAUGAGACUGAAUGUGGCCUGCACCAAAGUGUGGAGGCUGAUCUGAAUGGAUUACGUCCACUUUUGGAUAAGCUGACGUUGGAUAAAUCUGACCUGGAAAUACAGUAUGAGUCUUUGCAAGAGGAGCUGAUUCAUCUCAAGAAGAACCAUGAUGAGAUAAAGAAAAGUGCAAAAUCACAGACUGGUGGGGAUGUCACUGUUGAGGUGGAUUCGAAUUCUGGCCCCGAUCUGAAAAAGCAACUGGAUGAGAUGAGAUGCGAAUAUGAACAGAUCAUCGCAGACAACCGGAGGGAGGUUGAAGCAUGGUAUGAAAGCAAGAUGGAAGAGGUGCGCCAACAAGUGACUUCGAGCUCCCAGGAGAUUGACAGCAGCCAGAAGGAAGCUGCAGACCUCAGGCGGGAAUAUCAAACCCUGGAGAUCGAACUGCAGUCCCACCUCAGCAUGCUCCAGUCUUUGCAAAACAACCUGAACGACACGGAAGGCCGCUACGGCAUGCUGUUGCAACAGAUAGCGAGCCAGAUGGAACCGGUGGAAGCAGAGCUGGCGGGUAUCAAGUGCGAGAUCCAGCAGCAGAACCAGGAGUAUCAGACACUUCUCGGCAUUAAGGGCCGUCUGGAGCAGGAGAUCGCCCAAUACCACCAGUUGCUCGAGGAGGGAAAGCACCUUGCGUAA